GAAAUCCCUAAUUUAUUCACUCAGAAACAACAAUCUUCCCGCCAUUUUUUGCUUUUGCCCCCAAUUCUCUGCAACUCACAGGAAACCCUAGGGAGAGAUCUAGAACGACAUGGAAGGGGAGAUUAAAGAAGAAUUCAACAGAAGUGGGUUCACGCUAGACAACGAAGAAGAAAUUCUCAAGAAAUGCCUUACAUUCUGUAUAAAUUACAAUCUCAAACCAUCAGAUCUUGUUUCUAGCUGGGAGGUUUACUAUCUCAACAGGCAACUAGAUGAAUCAACGGUACAAAAUGCUGAAAUGGAUGGAUUUUUAUUGCACCUGCAGACUGAACAGAAAGAAGCGGUUCUUAAAGAGGAGCCUAAUUUGUACGUCUACUCUAGCAAAGAUGUGGACAUGAUUUUGAAUGAUGAGGAAGAAGAUGUAAAAGAAGUAAUUCCUGGCACUCCAACAGACAAGACUCUAAGGCUUGAUUCAGAACCAUUUGAUUCAACAGUCAAAUCAAAUGGAAAUGGUUAUUCCUCUGGAAAACCAUCAAAGCUUGUGACACCCUUUGGACGACGAACUGAUAAGUUUGUGGUCAAAUUCAACAUCAAUAAUCUGCCUGAUACAGAGAAUGGUGACAAUAAGCAUGCUCAUGAGAAUCUUGAGGAUGAUAUUAUUAAGAGAGUACAUCCGCGCACCAAGUGUUCCUUAGUAGUCCAUGGAUCUGGGCCAGAGCCAGGUUGCAGGUUCAUGUAUGACAGGAUUGAAGACCGGUUUAAUGCACUUGAGAACCGCGUUAGAAGGCAUGCGGCUUUGCUUUCUUCUUCUGGACUCUAUGAGGAACCGAUGGACCCUACAAUUGCCUCACAGAGAAAUGUGUUUGCUGUUGGAAUGAUCUGCUGUGAGGGAGAAGGUCAUUUGAAUGACAAGUCAAUCUUGUUGCAAAACAGCAGUGUUGAGCAUUCUGGAGGGCAGCGUGUUCGUUUGGACUUAAAUAAACUGAGCCAGUUCUCCAUUUUCCCUGGACAGAUUGUAGGUGUUGAAGGUCACAAUCCCAGCGGACAUUGUUUAAUUGCUUCAAAAGUGGUAGACUCUGUUCCUUCAUCAGCUUCUCCUGAUGAGGAUUUGCACCCUGCAAAGAAGCAAGCUUUGGAUCAGGAGAUUCAAUCAACUGAUUCAACCUAUACACAAAAAGAUAUAUCAAUGCUUAUUGCUUCUGGCCCUUUUACCACAACAGACAACUUAUUGUUUGAGCCUCUGACAGAAUUGCUGGCAUAUGCAAGCAGAAAGCCACCGCAGUUGCUUAUACUGCUGGGACCAUUUGUUGAUUCUGAGCAUCCAGAGAUUAGGAAAGGAACUGUAGAUAGGAGCUUUGAUGAGAUAUUUCAUAUGGAGAUUAUCAGAAGGUUGCAAGACUAUGUGGAAUAUAUGGGCUCUGAUGCACAUGUAUUAAUUGUGCCGUCUACACGGGAUGCUAACCAUGAUUUUGUUUUCCCACAGCCUGCUUUUGAAAUUCAUCCACCCAAUCUUAAACAUCAGAUAACCAGUCUCACGAAUCCGGGAAUCUUUGCUGCAAAUCAGGUCAGAGUAGGUUGCUGCACUGUGGAUAUUCUGAGACAGCUUAGUAGAGAGGAGAUGUCACGAAAUCUAAAAGAUGGAACACCCAGUGAUCGAAUGAGUAGACUUGCAAACCAUAUUCUUAGCCAGCGCAGCUUUUAUCCACUAUAUCCACCAGCAGAAGAUAUUCCACUGGAUUUUUCACUUGCUCCAGAAGCACUUUAUUUCACCUCAGUUCCUGAUAUUCUCAUCCUGCCUUCAGACAUGAAGUACUUUGUAAAGGUACUGUCCCUGGGUGGAGGAAGUGAAGGAGAAGAGCAAAUGAAAUGCAUUUGUAUAAACCCUGGAAGAUUGGCCAAAGGAGAAGGAGGGGGCACUUUUGUAGAGCUUAACUACCAUGGAGGUGCUGACAAGAUGAAUGCUUCAAUCAUAGGCAUAUAAUUAAAUCCUGGAUUGAAUUUCUCCAAGGCAUAUUUUGAUUUGGCAGCUGGCUUACAAGAAGAGUUCAAGAUCUGACAUACCUGGAGUUCAACUUAUCAGAUGAAUUAGUGAGUCCACAAAACUCCAUCCAUUACAGUAGAUUUGCAUCAGUGUAUAGUUUGGCCAAAUGAGCAGGGUCUCAUCAUUCCUUUGUUUUCUUUAUUUCUAAUGGCAAGCCCAUGAUCAGUAAUUUUUUUUUUUUUGUAAUAUUUGUACAAGUAAUUUGCUAUCAAUGUCAUUAUUUUAUUAAAUUCA